GGACGAUCGUCAAGCAUGGCGCGGGCACUGUGGGCCGUGUGCGCGUUGCUACUCGUAUCGUACGUGAAGGGUGCGCCUCGGUUACUACGAGACGGUUCAGAUUGCGAGGUGCGCGCGCGUCUGCAGUCUGGGUGGGUGUGUGGCGUACAUCGCGUUGCCAGCAACAGGACACACUUCGCUAGCUUCCUGGGUGUGCCGUACGCAGCACAGCCUCUAGGCGAACGUCGGUUUCGAGAGUUAGAGCCUGUGCAGUCAUGGGCCGACUUCUACGAUGCAUCUAACGAAGGACCUAUAUGUCCUCAACACGACGUAUUUUACGGACCCCUGCUGGGCUCUGCCAACAUGAGUGAAGCGUGCAUAUACGCCAACAUUCACGUACCUUUGGAUGCCCUACCAGGGUACAAGACUCCGAGACCGGCUCAGGAACUUCUGCCUCCUUACGGAGCGGGUCUCUCUGAAAAAGAGGAGGACCCUGGUCUACCUAUCUUAGUCUUCAUUCACGGAGGUGGCUUCGCUUUCGGUUCUGGAGGAACAAGUCUUCAUGGUCCAGAGUAUCUCAUGCAUAAAGACGUCAUCGUCAUCACUUUUAACUACAGAUUAAACGUCUUCGGCUUCCUCUCUCUUAACUCGUCGAGCAUCCCCGGUAACAACGGUCUGCGUGAUAUUGUAACCCUGCUGAGAUGGGUGCAGGCCAACGCCCAGUCGUUCGGCGGAGAUCCCAACGACGUGACGCUGGCGGGGCAGAGUGCCGGAGCCAGCUGUGCACAUCUACUAUCAAUGUCCAAAGCCGCUGAUGGUUUGUUCCAUAGACUAAUAUUGAUGAGCGGUACCGGCAUACCCAGCUUCUUUACAACUUCUCCUGCGUAUGCUGAGGUCGUGGCGAAUCUAUUCUUAUCCAACCUCGGCAUCAACGCCACUGACCCAGAGGACAUCCACCGACAGCUGAUAGACACGCCGCUCCAAGAUAUCAUGAAAGCCAAUAAGCAAAUUCAAGAUCAAAUCGGCAUCGUAGCUUUUCUGCCGGUUGUCGAAUCCUCAUUCCCAGGCGUCACCACUAUUUUGGACAACGACCCUGAUGUUUUAAUAUCAAAGGGAUGCGGAAAGAAUAUACCAUUAAUAGUUGGUUUUACGACAGCAGAGUGCGAAGUGUUCCGUCCGAAUUUUGUGAAAAUGGACAUAUUAAGUCGUAUAAAAGAAAAUCCACUUUUAAUUUUAUCGCCGAAUCUAAUUUACAAAGUGCCGAUUAAUGUCGCGUUGGAUUUGGCACAGACUGUUGAAAAGAGGUAUUUCGAUGGAACACCGACUAUGGACAAAUAUAUUAGGAGUUGCUCUGAUACCUUUUAUGUUUAUCCAGCUAUGAAAUUAGCAGAGAGACGAGUUUUAAUGCAAGGAGCUCCGGUGUUUUUGUAUCAAUAUUCUUAUGAGGCGGAUUUCAAUGUGAUGAAGGAGGCCAGAGGACUUUCGUACAAGGGCGCUACCCAUGUGGAAGAUUUGACGUUUGUCUUCCGAGCGAAUGCCAUGGAUGGCGUGAAAGGCUUUUCGCCUCCCACGCGCAAGGAUGAACUUAUGGCAAACUGGAUGACUAUGUUCGUUAAAAACUUUAUGUAUUGCAAUGACCCGACUUGCAAUCAGCGUCCGCUAUCAAACUGGCCGGCAGUCGAGGAGCGGUUGCCCGUCCAGUACCAGAACAUCGACAUGCCCAUGUUCUUUAGGUUCACGGAGCUGACCAAUGAACAGCAAGACAUGGUCCAGUUCUUCGACAGUUUACAGAACAGGACCAGUUAAAUAUGAGACAUUAUUUUGCGGUGUGUUACUUGUGUGCCGUUUGUGAUCGUGUGACUAUUUAUUUUCUAAUUAAGGUCAAGUUUGAACCGUCCACAAUUAUUGGAUUUAACUGUACCUGAAUUAUUACAUUUUUAAAUUAAUUUUUAGAUUCGUAACCUUUUAAUUGUCCUUACUAGGUUAGUGUUUUCUAUUAUUACAAUAACAUAUUAGAUUUUGCUUUUAUAUUAUGAUUUAUUUACUGUAUUUUUACUAAAUUUCGACUAGAACUGAAAUUAUCAAUACAUGAUUAAAGCUAAAUAACUGUAUCUAUUUGUGUAUGGAUUAUGGGUUAUAAUAGAUAGCGUGAUUAUAUAAGAAUAUUUUAUCACCGGAAGAACGAAGUCAUUUCUUCUAUUAG